UAGAUAUCAAUGGCAACCAAGCGUAAAUUAGAACCAGAUUAUGAAGACCAGCAGCAGCAAUCCGACGGUACAACGAGCGAUAAGAAGAUCAAACAUAAUUCCGCUAAUAACGAUACUUCUUCCGAUGUUCACAAGGUAAAUGAAACUAACGGUUCUCACACAGAUGAUGUAAGUAAAAGAGAAUCACCAGGGGCAAUAAUCCAAAGCGGGUCAAUACAAUUACGUAAUUCAGAACCAGACAGCGAAGACCAAAAACAGCAGUCCGACGGUUCAACCUGCAAUGCAAAUAAGACUACCGAUAAUAACGAAGCCGAUGUUUUAUAUGAGAGAGAAUCAAAUGGAGAACAAACACUUAGCGGGUCGAUACACUUACGUAAUUCAGACCCAGAUAACGAAGAAGAUCAACAGCAGCAGUCUGACGGUUCAACCACCAAGGCAAAUAACAUUAGCGAUUCCAACUCGGAUGAUGUUUUAUACAGGAGAGAAGCGGCAGUAGAAACAACCCAAACUGGGACAAUACAAGUUGGAAUAAACGAAACAAGUUCUUACAAAUAUAUUGACACGAAGGGAAAGUUCAGUUCUGCAAUCAAUGAGCUAAACGACAAGAUUAAAGACGGCAAAACCAUAGCAUUGGACUGUGAAGGAGUUGACUUAUCAAGAUUUGGAUGCGUAACGAUGGUUAAUAUAGGUACUAGAGAUAUGGUCUAUCUAAUUGAUGUUUUAAAGAUAGGAGACAGCGUAUUCGAUGACGGGCUUCGCUUUAUACUCGAAAAUAGUACUAUUGAAAAAUUAAUGUUCGACUGUCGUGAAGACGCAGAUGCUUUAUUUCAUCUACAUAAAGUAAACAUUGACGGGGUAUUAGAUGUUCAGCUGUUAGAAUUGAGUAACAGGAUUUAUAGAAAUGGAUACACAAUACUGGGCAGUCUAGAGAAAUGCCUUCAAAAAUUUCUUUCAGACGAUACUCUCCUUAGAUUGAAAAAACAGGGACGGGAAACUAUGCUCACUACAACAAAAAUAUGGAAAGAUAGACCCCUGAGUGAAAGUAUGCUGAAAUAUGCAGCUGUGGAUGUUCUAGCACUUUUCAAGUUAUAUGAUAAGUUUAAAAACAGAAUGACACUAAAGACUUUGAAAGCUGCAUCUAGCCUAUACUGUAACAACAAAAGAUCUCGAGCAAGAACAUAUCGUGAUGGAGAUGCCCAUUUGCCGAUACGCGUGCGUGAUAUAAUACUGUAA